AAUCCUUUGUCUGACGUUUAAAUUUAAGGUUAUGUUUAUUUAAAAUUUAAAUUUUCUAUCACCAAAACACUUUUCCGUAAUAUUGAAAUAAAAUGAGUACGAAACGAACAAUUUACGUUGGCGGUUUAGCUGAAGAAGUAGACGAAAAAGUGCUAAACGCCGCAUUUAUACCGUUUGGUGACAUUGUCGACGUGCAAAUCCCAUUAGAUUAUGAGACUGAAAAGCACAGAGGAUUUGCUUUUAUUGAAUUUGAAAAUGCAGAAGAUGCUGCGGCCGCUAUAGACAAUAUGAAUGAUUCGGAACUGUUUGGUAGAACUAUCAGAGUAAAUUUGGCCAAACCACAAAGAAUAAAGGAAGGGUCAACCAGACCUGUUUGGUCUGAGGAUGCAUGGUUGCAACAACAUGCUGGUGAAACUAUAAAAGAAAAUUUGACAGAAGAUGCAACCCAUGCUGAAGGAUCAGAAACAAAGUCAAAACCACAAAAGGAAGAAAAGAAGAAGAAUCCUCAAGUGUAUUUUGAUAUUAAAAUAGGGAAAACUGAUGUUGGAAGAAUAACAAUGAUGCUACGAGCUGAUGUUGUGCCUAAAACAGCUGAGAAUUUCAGAUGUUUAUGUACACAUGAACGUGGAUUUGGUUUUCAGAAAUCUACAUUUCAUAGAAUCAUCCCUGACUUUAUGUGCCAAGGAGGUGACAUAACAAACAACAAUGGAACUGGAGGAAAGUCAAUUUAUGGCAGGAAAUUUGAAGAUGAAAACUUUGAACUAAAACACGUUGGACCUGGCACAUUAUCUAUGGCAAACUCUGGACCCAAUACAAAUGGCUCUCAAUUUUUUAUAUGCACUAGCAAAACAGACUGGCUUGAUGGCAAACAUGUGGUGUUUGGACAUGUAAUUAGUGGAAUGGAUGUUGUGAAGAGGAUGGAGAGAUGUGGUUCAAAGAAUGGAACUCCAUCACAGACAGUUACAAUAGAUUCUUGUGGAGAACUCAAAUAAUUAAUUUUUAAAUAAAUUUCUGAUUUUUUAUUAA